GUUACACCUCCUCCCUUCACGCAGCAGAUGGGCCGCUCUCAGACUUUGCGGGAAUCCUGAAACUGCGCUGUCACGUGACGAGGGGCAACCCGGAAGUUGGCGUGUUUACGUUCCGUCGCGCUUUGUCCGCAAAAUGGCGGCCACAGAGAAGGAGGAGAGGCUGCGGCCUCGGCUCGGGGGCGGUCGAGAGAGGAGCCUGAGGGCGGCCGUCGAGCGGCAGCUUUUGGCGGCGGCCGAGCGCGUCGUGCGGCUGCUGGAAAAGCGGCCGAGCCCGGCCGGGCGUCACUUCAGGCGAAUGGUCAUGGACGCCAUCGCCGCCGCCGUCGAGCGUAUCUUCAGCGAGUACGAGGCAAGCGAAGAGGCUGAGCCCGCCAUGCCGUCACGUGAGCAACCCCGCCCCCCCGCCCGGGACGGGCCAGCGGACGCGGACGCGGGCGAGUCGCGCCGCCGCCGAGUGUGCGGGAAGCCAUUUGACGGAAGAGGUUUUCUGAUGAAGCGCGUGGACAAACACGGCGAGGACGGGGAGCCCGCGUGCGGCCUGCGCGGCGAGGGUCGGGGCUCCGGCGGCGGGACGUGCGACACCUGCGGCGAGAAGUUCCCGUCCAUCGGAGCGCAGGAAACGCACCGAAGGCUGCGCACGGGCGAAGAACCGUUGUGCGGGAAACGAUUCAAGCGGAAGGGAAAGCCCCGCGCGCAGAAACCUCAGACUGCCCAGAGUACCACCGGCACAGAUGACCACAGUCCCACGGCAACAACGGGAGCGUACCGGGACCAGGACCAGGACCAGGCCGACGGCGGCAAAGGACGUACGCAAGGAGACGGCUCUCGGCAGCGCGACGACCACCGGGACGCUGACUUGUCCGCUCGCGGCUUGCAGGACCGCCUUCGAGAACGCAGUCCGGAUCACGAUCGGGAUCAGUUUCAAAACCGUGUUGAAGAGAACUUUCGGGACUGCCUUCAAGACCACGUUCAGGAUCGCAUUCCGGACGGCAUCGAAGACGGUAUUCGGGCCCGCAGGCCGAAGUGCGUCGGCACCCUCCUGGACGCUGACCGGUCAAGACGCGGCUUGCGGGACUGCUUUGAGUUCCACCUUCGAGACCGCCUUCAGGAGCACAUUCAGGACGAUGUUGAAGACCGUGUCCGGGAAAGUGCCGAAGCGCCCGUCCAGGACGGCGUUCGGGACCGCGGGCCGAAGCGCGUCCGCACCUUCCGUGACGAGACGGUCCCCGCGAGUACGCCGCCGGCUUUGUUGUGCAAAGAGUGCGGCAAAUACUUUCCUCGUAAGAGUUCUCUGGAUCGCCACGAGAGGCUGCACGCGGGCGACAGGCCGUUCAUCUGCGAGUUCUGCGGAAAGACCUUCGCAGAGAAGGCGGUGCUGAAGCGGCACCUGAAGCGGCACACGGGCGGCAGGCCGCGCGUCCACGGCUGCGACGUGUGCGGCAAGAAGUUCGCCGUGAGCCAACACCUGCAAGUGCACAAGAGGAUCCACACGGGCGAGAAGCCGUACGCCUGUCGGGUGUGUGGCAAGACCUUCCGGCAGGCGGGCAACCUGGACGCGCACGCCAAAAUCCACACGGGAGAGAAGGCCUUCAUCUGCAGCCUGUGCGGCAAGAGCUUCCGCCAGAAGAUCUCGCUGGAGACGCACGAGCGCUUCCACAGGAAGGACAAGGUCUUCGGAUGCCACGCCUGCGACAAGAGCUUUGUGCAGAAGGUGGACCUCAAGAGGCACAUGUUCACGCACUCGGGCGAGAAGCCGCACGCUUGCCGGAUGUGCGACAAACGCUACCAGGAGAAGCGCUCACUGGAGGCGCACAUGAAGGUGCACGCCGUCGCGACCGACGGCGCCUGCCGCUCCUGAGCAUUUCCCGCAACUUUGAGGCGGGUACCGACCGCUCCCCGGGGUCGACGUCGUUAACGGCGCACCGCUAGUGUUUCAAAAGCCUUUUUCAUUUCAGUCAUCACGACGCAACGAUAUCGUCCACUAUUCCAAAAUCCCUUCGUGUUGAACCCCCGGGACCCGCAGAGCAUAGAGACCAAAUAGGGAAAAUAGGAACUUUGACCUCACUGUACGUACUUGUCUACCAAUACCGCAUGUCAGUGAUUGUCAAAGUGUGGUACGAGUGCUCCCUCUAGUGGUAUGCAAAUCAAUCACUGCCGCAAGUACAGUUUAGUUGUAUUUAACUUUGCAUUUAAAUCUUUAAGACGGCUGUUUUUAUACGCUUAUGUCGGCAAAAGUUUUAUUGAGCUUUUAUGUGCAGUACAAUUUCAUCUAGUCGUUACUUAGGCAGUGUAUUGCUAAAAUGUUAAGUUUUUGCCUUUAUUCCUGUAAAGUGACAUAUUUUGACUUUGGACUAUUUUUCCUGUAGUACAACAACUUCAUUGUUGUGGCAGUCGGGUUCUAUUUUCCUCUUGUCAUAUAUUUUGGGGAUAUUUCUUUUGUUAUUUUGUUUCAUUUUAGAAUUUUGUUCCGAUGAUAUUUCAAUUGUAUUCCGGUUAACCGCCAUAUCACAACUUUGUCCAUAAAGGGUUUUUUUUUCCCCUUGUAAUUUGAAGGCUUUCCACGUCAAUUUAAUUUGACCGUCGAUGGGAAAAUGUCUCCUUUGUCGUAAUAUGACAACUUUAGGAAUUCCAAAAUACGUGUGCUACUUUUUUGUGUAAAACGUAUGAGAACCGCCGCUUUCUGUUGCAUACAUUGCAUACGCGAGGUAUCCAACGACAGCGGGGCCUUGUUUUGUUUUUUUUGAAAGGGGAUGCAAUGCAAUUUCAUUAAACACAUGACGCACA